GGGUCGCCUCCGGUGCCCUCUGCAGGUCAGAGCUUGGUAUUGCAGCGGUGCUCGGUGGCUGCGGGAGGAGCUUGUUCAUUCGUUGUCUGCGGAAGCCGAGGCACCGGGUGGCCCGGGGACACCAGACAUGGAGUCGAAAAAAUUGAUUACGGCAACUGACACCCAGUACUCUGGCAGCUUGCUGCAAGCUCUAAAUGACCAGCGGCUGCAGGGCUUGUUUUGCGAUGUCACAGUCAUCGUUGAGGACCGCAAAUUCCGGGCUCACAAGAAUAUUCUUUCUGCCUGUAGCUCUUAUUUCCAUCAGCUCUUCAUUGUGGCUGGACCUGUCGUGGAGUUGAAUUUCAUCAGAGCUGAAAUUUUUGCAGAAAUUCUUAACUAUAUUUACAGUGCUAAAAUUGUUCGUGUGAAAUCUGACAUGCUGGAAGAUCUGAUAAAAUCUGGAAAAUUGCUCGGAGUUCCUUUUAUAGCAGAGCUUGGAAUACCUCUGUCACAAGUGAAGAGCAUGUCUGGUGGAGGUAAGGAUGGUGCUCCUGACGCCCAGUCUAACUCGGACCCAAAAGCUACAAAAAACAGUCCAUCCUCAAGUACAGGUAAAGCUGCGGGGAGCAAGGAAAUGCCAGUCAUCACCGAAGCAUUCUCCUUAUCGUUCACUAAUGAAUCCAAUAUGGAAACACACGUGAUAGAAGACGAGUCGGACGACGACGACGACGACGUGAUCUUUUGUUCAGAAACUGUGCAAGCCAAACCGGUGACUAAAGAAAAGAAAGAACCUGUGCUAACCCCAAUUUCUAGUUCUAAUGACCAAGUGUCAGACACAAAAAAUCCUGCACCCUCUAGUCAAUCUGAGCAGACUAAUGAAAACACUAAGCCUCUGACCCAACCCACUUUAAAAAACAUGGUUGCUGCAUCGAGUAAUAUCAAUUCAAACCAGUCGCCUCAAAAUCCCCCUACAAACGGUUCUCUCGCCCCUCCUGCUCCACAACCUGUACCGGUUACAACUGUGAGUCCGGUCCAGACUUCCCAGAACACUUCAUCUUCUGUUACAACAGCAUCGGCCGAGAAGCAAGCACCUUCUGAUGCUAACCAAAACUUGCCAAAACUGCAGCCAAUUGGUAUUAUUAAGCCAAAAACCGAACUGAUAUUAGAUGGAAACGGCAUUUCAACUUGUCCUAUUUCUUCAGCAGUGUCCUUGGAACAGCCAACAAUUACACACAAAAAUGUGUCUUUUGAUGGCGUUCAAAAAAAGCAAGUCGUCACCUUCAGCCCCGGAUCGUCUUCGAAACCAGGAGAAUUCAAAAUUAAGAUUGCCGACGUUGUUUCUGGAACCAGCAAGGACUCUUCUGAGCCUCGGCGCAUAAUGGACGGUAAGAAAAUCAUUACGCUGGACACGGCCUCAGAGAUUGAGGGAUUGUCUACAGGAUGCAAAGUUUAUGCAAACAUUGGCGAGGAUACAUACGACAUAGUAAUCCCCAUCAAGGAAGAUCCUGAAGAUGUGUUGCCCAAGCUGGAAGACGAUGAUGGCUUUCCAGAUCAUAAACGGAUGAAACUAAAACACGAAGACCACUAUGAGCUCAUCGUCGACGGGAGAGUCUAUUAUAUCUGCAUUGUAUGCAAAAGAUCCUACGUCUGCCUGACGAGUUUACGAAGACAUUUUAACGUGCACUCCUGGGAAAAGAAAUAUCCUUGUCGGUACUGCGAGAGAGUCUUUCCUCUUGCAGAGUAUCGCACAAAGCAUGAAAUUCACCAUACUGGUGAAAGAAGAUAUCAGUGCUUGACUUGUGGUAGUUCAUUUAUUAAUUACCAAGUCAUGGCUUCACACAUUCGAUCUGUUCACAGUAUGGACCCUGCCGGAGAUUCAAAGCUUUACCGUCUAAACCCAUGCAAGACUUUACAGAUUAGGCAGUAUGCAUACAUGGCGGAAAACUCCAAUUCUGUCCCUGUUAUCAGUGACGGCGGAAUCGUGUAUGACAUUGACCCAGACAAAUCUGAACCGGCAUCCGCAGAGGACCACUCUAACGAUGGGCCAAAACCUGUAAAUUGGGACGAUAUCUUCCUUCAGCAGUCCAACCAGAACAUGUUUAAACCAACUACUUCGGAAGGCAGUACAGAAUUUGAGUUUGUUAUACCAGAAUCCUAUUAAUCAUAUUAACAUUUUAAGUUCAGCGUAGUAAGAGCGCGGAGUCCAUGAUCUUCAGGUGAACUGCUGUCAGGAGUUUUAUCAUUUUAAUAUAGCCUACAAAGCGGCAUAGAUUUAGUCUUUCUUACGAGUCACAGGCAGUACGCGAGGGCAUCUUCUCUCCAUUCUUUUAGCUGGCCGCUGAUGCAAGUUUUACAGAGACUAUUGCCAUAACUUGGUUUCUCGCAGUCAUUGUAUAGGAUAUGAUUAGGCACAGAACUUUGUAAUAAAAAAAUAAAGACGUGUGUAUUACACUUCACCGCCGUUGUUCCAGUGUGAGUCAGACACGCUCCCCUUUAGGCAUGUUCGCACUUUACAGGCCAUUGGCAUUCGUUUGGCAAUGCCUGGACCCGUAACCUGAUUCAGCGGUCUGAGGGGUUAAAAAUAAAGCUGAAUGUUCUCUCGUGAAGGGGCCAGAACUGAAGGUCUUCCACUCCUGAAGUGGAUCGCUAGCACUGUGUAAUGCAAUGAAACAGGCGGGCGGUAGAUUUUACACAUUUUAUAAAGCGUUUUCUCAUACAGGUUGGACCUACUGAUGUGUCAGACAUAAGCUACAGAAUCGGUUAAGGGUUUUCAGUCUUCUAGAAAUGUAUUCAUGUGUCACGUUUACUGUGAUGGAGGUAUCAUUUGUAUGUGGAUUGUGUUACACAAGAAAGAAUACCUUGCACACCAGAAAUCUGUUAAAUCCCUUUAAGCGGAGCACAAGUUACUGUGCAUGUAUGUCACUGGUAAUACUUGCAUCUGUGCACAUGCCUCAAGGUUAUAAGGGGUAGUUCAGCACAUAGUUGGCUGCACAUUAAAAAGAACUCGCGACUUAGUCUUACGCUACAUUAAGGCUGCAGUUGGACUUCUUAUGCAGGGUGCAGGCACGGCGGCCCUCACAGAUACGAGGAAUUGCACUACAGCUACACAGCACAUUUUCAUCAAUGUGACAUUGCAGCAGGUAGCCAUACCGAAAUAAUGUACAGUUAUACAUGAGCAUUGUAUUUCAGUUCACCUGGGAGCUUAUAUAUAAGUCCCUGAAGUAGCCGUACAUGGUCAGUAGGUGUUAACCCAGUGCUCGUUUGGCUAUUUCUCAUGACCUCUCCAUACAGAUUCACUCUUGGUUUGGCCAAGCAUGCAUGUAUUCUGAAUAGGGGAAAAUGCUGUCGUACACCUCUGGCUCCUUAUCUUCCUUGAAGAAAGGAUCAGGCAUGUUGAAAUUGAGCAUGUCUAACAUAGGCCAAACAAAUGUCGACCGAAUUUCAAAUACACCACAGAUGGUCAGCUGAUCCGAUGGACUAUGGCAGUGAUGGGUAACCUUGGCACUCCAGCUGUGGUGAAACUAUGACUCCCAGCAUGCUCCAUUUAUUUCUAUAGAGUUCUGAGAGCAGCCAAGCAAGGGGGCAUCUUGGAAGUUGUAGUUUUACCACAGCUGGAGUGCCAAGGUUAGCCAUCACUGGACUAUGGUAUAAUGUGUCGUCUAUUUCCCCAGGGAAUCUGUCACCAGCGACCUUCCUAUCCAGUUUUAUACAUUUGCAUAGACACACAGCUGUGGUUCCCCUGAUUAUAAAACAGUUUUGUUUGUUGAUCCAAGUCGCCAUUCUCGAGUUAUGACACUUUUCCUUGGUAUGCAAGUUAACGCUUUGGUGCCAUCGCCCUUAUUGCGCCCAAGCUCUGCUUCUUUCUGUAACCAGCUCCUCCGUGGCUGUUUUGAUUGACAGGACCAGGGCCGGGCUGGCCACAGAAAGUUGUGAAGCUGGAAGUUGGAUAGGAAGGUUGCUGGCGACAGAUUGCAUCACAUAAACCCACUUCAUAUCGUUUUUUAAUAUCC